AUGCUCUGGCGCUUUCCUCUGCCAAUUCAUGCUGAGGAAUCUGCUAGAAGAUAUGCCCACCAGCAGCUGAUGUUAAGUGUUCCACAAGCUUUGUUUGUUGGUGUUAGUCUACAGACUGGUGGUGUUGUUAAUUGUGUCCAAGAACCAUUUACAAUAAUCUUUCUCCAUCUCACCGAAAAGUUCCCUGUGGGGUUCCUCUCUAACCUCCAAUUCUUGGAUGCUUCAAUCAAUAAUCUCACUGGUGAUCUAUCUGAAAUCAGACACUUGAAUAAACUAGUUAGUCUACAGCUUUUCUACGAUCAAUUUUCCGGCCAAGUCCCCUCGGGGUUGGGAGAGUUCAAGAAUCUAAUUGGGUUGUCACUAUACGGUAACCAACUCACCGGACCACUGCCUUUAAAGCUUGGGUCGUGGGCGGAGUUUGACUUCAUCGACGUGUCGGAGAAUUUCUUCACGGGGCCAAUUCCGCCGAAGAUGUGCAAACAGGGGAAGAUGAGAAGGUUCUUGGUUCUUCAGAACAACUUCACCAGAGAAAUCCCGGAAAGCUAUGGUAAUUGCACAACUCUCCACCGUUUUCGAGUGAGCAAGAAUUCACUUUCCGGCGUAAUUCUUAGUGGGAUUUGGGGUCUGCCUAAUCUUGAUAUCAUAGAUAUCAGUAACAAUGAGUUUGAAGGUUCUUUAAAUUCCGGUUUCAGAAAUGCAAAGGCCUUGGCGCAAUUGUUUCUAGGUGAUAACAAACUCUACGGUGAUUUGCCGCCGGAAAUUUCUGGAGCUUGGGCCUUGGUUUCAAUCGACCUGAGCAACAAUCAAUUCUCAGGUGAAAUUCCGGCGACUAUUGGAGAUCUUAAAAAGCUCGAUAACCUUCAUUUAUCAAACAACAACUUCUCCGGUUCAAUUCCAGAUUCAUUAGGCUCUUGCGUCUCCCUCAGCUACAUAAACAUAGCUCAGAAUUCUCUCACCGGAAAAAUCCCGGUGAAUUCUCUUUUCGUCGAGGCGUAUAAUGACAGCUUCAUGGGAAACAACGGUCUUUGCAGUGAAAUCCUCAUUUCAAUAGCUUGUUUCCUCUACUUAAAGAAGAAGAGUGCUGAGAACGAAUAUCGCGAGCGGUCCUUGAAGGAAGACUCUUGGAAAAUGAAAUCUUUCCACUUACUGAGCUUCACGGAAGACGAAAUCCUCGACGGGAUCAAGCAAGAGAAUCUGAUCGGAAAAGGCGGCUCCGGCAGCGUGUACAGAGUGGUCCUCAGAACCGGCAAAGAAUUGGAGGUGAAACAUAUCUGGAACUCCGGCGCCGCUGACGACAGCUACUUUACAGUCUACUGA